AUGCCCUGGUUCCACCUAUUUUUAACUGUUUUGGAACCGUUUACGGCCCUACUCUCCACCGACUCUCUCGCACCAUGGAUCGGCAACCCCACGACUACGCCGCUUACGGCCAACAACAGCAGCGUCAGCCACCGCAGCAACAACCACAACCGCCGCCGCAGCAACAGCAAUACGGGUACCCGCCCCAGGCCCAACAGUUCCACGGACCACCGUUCGGACCCCCACAGCCGCCUCUCCAGCAAUUCCCCUACCACCCCCACCUACAGCAACCCUACCGCCGCAGGUCCUCUCCCACGCACCGCCGCACCACCUCCCGCCGACCCGGAGCUCCACAAACGGAUCGACAAGCUGGUGGAGUACUCGGCGAAGAACGGCCCGGACUUCGAGGCCAUGAUUCGAGAUAAGCAGCAGGACAAUCCCGACUACGCCUUCCUCUUCGGCGGCGAAGGCCACGCCUACUACCGCUACAAGCUCUACGCCUCCCACCUGCUUCGUCCGAUGAUGAACGCGCCGCCGCCGAACCCGAUGAUGGGCCCGCAGUCGUACUUCUACGACCAGCAGCGGCAUACUCAGCAGCCGUUCGGGUUUUAUGGGAGGCCGGAUUAUGACCAGGCGGCGGCGGCGAAGGCGAAGCCGUAUAUGGGGCUUUCGGGGCCGCUGCCUCCGGAGGUGGCGAUGGAGCUUAGCAAUGUGCUUAUGACAUUGAAUGGGACUAAAGAAUUGAUUAAAGGAGCAAAGUUUUGGUUUAUGCAGAGGUCGAUUUUCGCUCCGGCGCUGGCUGAGGCUCCUAGGGAGAGAGAGUGUUUGGAGUAUAGACGAAUUUGUAGUUUCCGAGAUAUAAUUGACGCAUUUAGGAAUGAGAUGGUUGGUGGGCAAUCAAGUAAUUCAUUUCCAGGUCUUCCAAAAGACUUACCUACUGCAUCAACAGAUCCGGCAGCAGGGUUGCCACAAUGGCAGCCUGAUAGACAAGGUGUAGUUUCAAGUUCGCACGAUCAAGAUCAUCUCGAUAAACAUGUAGCUCCUGGUCAGGGGGUGCCACUUGCCAUGCCAUCCCAGCAAUUUCUUCCAAAUUCAGUCCCUCCUGCUGCUUUUGCUGGGUCCCUGCCCAUACCAUCUUCUGUUCAACCAGCAAUCCCCCAACCUCUGCCGCAUUUAUUGCCAGGUCAAGCUGCUACCAGUGGCGAGAAGUUGCCACCAUAUCCAUUGUUUCCACCUGGUCUUAUUCCUGAGAUGGUCAGAAAGAUGCAGAUUGGUAGUGGGGUGCCAUACUCCCCUAUGAGUCCUCUGGACAUUCCAACCAUAAUACCUCCAUCCACUGUACCCCAAUCCGAAGUUCUUGAGAGAGUGUCAAAGUUCUUCAAAGAGAUUGGAGAAGUUAACCCUUCUGAAGGACCUAUGCAUGGUUCCGAUGGUAGAGACGAUGACGACUACGAAAGUACUAUCCCAGUGCGCAAGGGAGGAGCUUGCAUCCCUCCACCCCCAAAUCUGCAGGUAGACCCAGAGACCGGGGCUUACGCAGAUGGAAGUGUUGAUCGAAAGAGCGGCUCUGGGAGACUAGGACUCGGGGCCACAGCUAAUCCAAAUGAGGUCAGCCAGUACGACGAUGUCUAUUCCUCUUACCGGAAACAGAGAAGCACCAACUACCACUCGUCCAUGAGUGCAAGAGCUGCAGCAAGAUAAAACCAAACUCCCGCAACUGCAACCGGAUCAAUUCUCCGUUUUUUGCCAUAAUGUAUUCUAAUUGUCGGCACAUGAGCUUGUAUCUAGGAACAUCAGAUACUUGGUUCAGAUGGUUGUGUGUCUUUGUAGUUUGUACUAUUCAGAAU